CCCGCCCGCCUUCGCCUUCGCGCCCCCGGGCGAGGCCGAGGCGGGGGCCGUGAUCGGCCGUGAACCGGCGACGGUGGGCGGUCGUGGCCGCGGUCGCGGGCGGCGGCGGGGUGCGCGGGGCGGCGGCGGAGGCCGUGGGGGCCCGGGCGCACGGGAGCGGGAGCGGCCGGGGGAGCCCGAUCGCACCAUGGAAGCUGCAGCGGCCGGCCGGGGCGGCUUCCAGCCGCACCCGGGGCUGCAGAAGACGUUGGAGCAGUUCCACCUGAGCUCCAUGAGCUCGCUGGGCGGCCCGGCCGCUUUCUCGGCGCGCUGGGCGCAGGAGGCCUACAAGAAGGAGAGCGCCAAGGAGGCGGGUGCGGCCACAGUGCCGGCGCCGGUGCCCACUGCCGCGGAGCCGCCGCCCGUGCUGCACCUGCCUGCCAUCCAGCCGCCGCCGCCCGUGCUUCCCGGGCCCUUCUUCAUGCCGUCGGACCGCUCCACCGAGCGCUGUGAGACCGUGCUGGAAGGGGAGACCAUCUCUUGUUUCGUCGUGGGAGGUGAGAAGCGUCUGUGCCUGCCGCAGAUCCUCAACUCGGUGCUGCGCGACUUCUCACUGCAGCAGAUCAACUCGGUGUGCGAUGAGCUGCACAUCUACUGCUCGCGCUGCACCGCCGACCAGCUGGAGAUCCUCAAAGUCAUGGGCAUCCUGCCCUUCUCCGCGCCCUCCUGCGGGCUCAUCACCAAGACGGACGCCGAGCGCCUGUGCAACGCGCUGCUCUACGGCGGCGCCUACCCGCCGCCUUGCAAGAAGGAGUUGGCGGCCAGCCUGGCGCUGGGCCUGGAGCUCAGCGAACGCAGCGUCCGCGUGUACCACGAGUGCUUCGGCAAGUGCAAAGGGCUGCUGGUGCCCGAGCUGUACAGCAGUCCCAGCGCUGCCUGCAUCCAGUGCCUCGACUGCCGCCUCAUGUAUCCGCCGCACAAGUUCGUUGUACACUCGCACAAGGCCCUGGAGAACCGGACCUGCCACUGGGGCUUCGACUCAGCCAACUGGCGGGCCUACAUCCUGCUGAGCCAGGACUACACGGGCAAGGAGGAGCAGGCCCGCCUUGGCCGCUGCCUGGACGACGUGAAGGAGAAGUUCGACUAUGCCAACAAGUACAAGCGGAGGGUGCCCCGGGUCUCAGAGCCCCCAGCUUCCAUAAGACCCAAAACAGACGACACUUCCUCACAGUCCCCUGCGUCUUCUGAGAAGGACAAGCAGUCCACUUGGCUGCGGACCUUGGCUGGUUCCUCCAAUAAGAGCCUCGGCUGCACUCACCCUCGCCAGCGCCUUUCUGCUUUCCGGCCCUGGUCCCCUGCAGUGUCUGCGAGUGAGAAAGAGACAUCCCCACACCUCCCAGCCUUGAUUCGAGACAGCUUCUACUCCUACAAGAGCUUUGAGACAGCCGUGGCCCCCAAUGUGGCCCUAGCACCACCAACCCAGCAAAAGGUUGUGAACAGCCCACCCUGCACCACCGUGGCCUCCCGGGCACCAGAGCCUCUUACUACUUGUAUCCAGCCACGAAAGCGGAAGCUGACUAUGGACACACCAGGAGCCCCAGACAUGCUGACGCCUGUGGCUGCUGCAGAGGAAGACAAGGAUUCUGAGGCUGAGGUUGAAGUUGAAAGCAGAGAGGAAUUUACCUCCUCCUUGUCCUCGCUGUCCUCUCCGUCCUUUACCUCGUCCAGCUCUGCCAAGGAUCUAAGCUCCCCAGGCAUGCAUGCUCCACCUGUGGUUGGCCCUGAUGCUGUAGCCCAUGUUGAUGCCCCAAGUGGGCUGGAGGCAGAGUUGGAGCACCUGCGGCAAGCCCUGGAGGGCGGCCUGGAUACCAAGGAAGCCAAAGAAAAGUUCCUGCAUGAGGUGGUCAAAAUGCGAGUUAAGCAAGAGGAAAAGCUGACAGCAGCCCUGCAGGCUAAGCGCAGCCUGCACCAGGAGCUAGAAUUCUUGCGUGUGGCCAAGAAGGAGAAACUGCGGGAAGCCACAGAGGCCAAACGCAGCUUGAGGAAAGAGAUUGAGCGGCUCCGAGCUGAAAAUGAGAAGAAGAUGAAAGAGGCCAACGAGUCCCGGGUGCGCCUGAAGCGAGAGCUGGAGCAGGCGCGGCAGGUCCGGGUGUGUGACAAAGGCUGCGAGGCCGGGCGCCUGCGUGCCAAGUACUCAGCCCAGAUUGAGGACCUGCAAGCGAAGCUGCAGCAUGCGGAGGCCGACCGUGAGCAGCUUCGAGCUGACCUGCUGCGGGAACGUGAGGCCCGUGAGCAUCUAGAGAAGGUGGUGAAGGAGCUUCAGGAGCAGCUGUGGCCUCGGCCACGGCCUGAGCAUUCUGGAGGUGAGAGCAACGCUGAGCUGGAUCCCUAGCCUGGGCAGUGAUUGCGACUGCUGCCACAUGAACCUCUAUGCGUGCGCAGAGGGCGGUGGGUACGUGGCUUUGCAGGCCCGGCCCAUGCCUCUGCAGCCACACAGCACAACGUCUCUACUGUGCCUAUUACCAAGCGAGUGUUUGUAACCACAUACUUUUGGAAUCCACUGCAAAAUUUUCUACUGGCCAAGUUCAAGUGAGCAAGCCAUGUCACCCAGCUGCAGCCAGAGCUGAGACUGGCUCUGUGGCUUGUAGCUGGUCCUCUGCUUGCUAGAACAUUCUAACAUUUACACUUUUGUUAUAAGCUAUUUAAAACCAGUAAGGAGACUUGAUAUUCAGAAAAUCAACAUGUUUUUUAAUGACUAACUGUAAAAGGCCCCUACACGUGACGCCAUCUGGACACCCACUCUGGCGGGGGUGGCACCCACCCACCGCCGUCCUGGGAAGCCAUCACCGCUCAUCUGUGCCCGCGGCUACAGGAGGCCAGCAGGGGUUUUCUUCAGAGUCUAUUUUUUCAGCAACAAGGACCCCAGUCUUCCUGCUGCCGCCAGGAAGAGCAGGGAGAGCGCCGCGUGCGAGAUGAGCCCCAACACUGCCCGCCUUACCGCCGCUGCCCCGCCCAUCACCAUCACCACUAACCCCGCCCUGCGGGCACCAGGAGGCCUGAGCCUCAGUUUGCCCAGGCCCCUGGGUGCCCCUGCCCACCUACACCUUGAGGGGCUGACCUGUGUUAGGCAGUGACCAUGGUCCAGUGUGAUGUUGUGUUGUUCACACACGCCACCCAGCCACCCAUGCGCUGCUUGACCACAGCAACCCCUUCCCGUGCGGCAGACAUCACUCCUCGCAUCGUGAGCUGAGGCUGCAGCAUUGGAACAAAACAGCAUUAUAUCACUUUUCCUUUAAGUUUUUUCUUUUUGUUUUGUUGUUGUUUGUUGUUCAUUUAAACAUGUAUUUAGAACUGCACUUUGUCAGAACCUUCCAGUCCCUUCUUACUCCCUGGUUAACUGAGAUUUUUACCAAUUUCUAGAGCAGUUCAAACCCUAAGUGCUCAAGCGCUUACACAUCCCCUCUGGUGCUUGGUUGAACAAGGGAAUCACGAGACAAUGAAAAUGCAGAGACUGAACUUGGGGGUCGUUCUGUGCCUUCCAGCAUCUUGUACAGCAAACCCUGACUUGUCUUUUUACCCCCAAAAUACCGUCUUCAGUAGCAACUGAAUCUGCCACUGUCAAAAUACGUUACUUGCAUUUAUUCCAAAUAAUCUCGUUUACUCUUAACUGUUUAUGCAAAUUGUAUAAGGUUUCUUAUGCCCAAGCUUGAAAAAUGAUUUCCCAGUAGACAAGAGGCCCCCACCCAUCCUCCAAUUGUGUUUAUUUACAUGAGAAGAUCAUACAAAAGCCCUCCGCUCUAGUCCUAGCAGGGCAGCCAUGAGCUGGGGGAGGUGGAGAAGGCUCGUGCAGGUACAAACGACCUCAAGGACUGUGGCCUGCAACUGGAGACUGCUAAGCCCUGAUGUCUGGUGCUGAGGUCGUCUGCAGGGUUUUGNCCUUGGUUUACUGAGGGGGGCUGAGCUGCUGCUGGUCCCCCCUUCUGACGUGCAAUGCAAAAGGGACAUCAUGUAUACGNAGCAUUUAUUUGGAGUUUUUCCUUUGGCUUUUUUCCUCUCUUUCAGUUAUGAAACUUGUAUGCAUGGAUUUCACAUCUCCAUAGCUUGACCCGCCAUGGGCAUUAUGACCGUGUCUCCUAAAGGGUCGGUUUUGUUACGCAACACGAAGAAUGCUGUCUCAGCCUUGUUUUUCUAGAGUUGUGUUUUUCAGUCAUUUCUUCAAGGAAAACUAAAUGAUUUAGUUGGAGCAAA